AUGCUCACUUGCGACAUCGCUGCAGGCGAAAUACAAGCCCUCUGCCAUCGCGCAGGUAUAUUGGAGUCGAAAGAGGAGGGUUCAAGGGGUUCACUUGCGAACCUGAGAAGUAUCGCAUUUCCAAGAUUCUCAACGGGUUCAUCUGACAGUGUGGCAUUGCUCCAGAAAGCGCGCAAGGAUGCUGAAGAGAUGAUCAGUUUCUUAGCCGAUCAGCCCAUGUGUGCGCAAGAAGCGUCGCUAGCUUCAAAAAAAUGGCAGCUUGAAGUUGGCAAGCUCAAAUCUCUGUUGAGCUUCAGGGCACAUGUCGUUUGCAAAGCCCUUGGGGAUAUAGACGCCGCCAUUGGAUACCUCAAGGAAGCGAUCAAGCAUGACCCUAACUGUGCAGAGAACCCAGAGGACCGACCCCCAACAAAGUGGGUCUUUGGUGUUGGUAGCUGGACACAUCCUCGGUCUGUCUACACUCGUGGAAUGCCACUCAGUAACGUAUACCUCGUAGAGAACCCAGUAGAGAUGCUGGACAACCUGAAAGCCGAGCGUGGAACAAGCAGCGAAGAGGACGCCUCCAGAGUGGUACGAUGGGAGGUCCGUAUGUAA